CUCCGGCCGCAUCAGUUUACGGCAGCAUGGCGGCCUGCUGUCUCGCGCUGGUCUCGGUCGGCUCUGACCGUUACUGUCGGUAACUUCGUCAUGAGCUCGCGGACGCAGCGCUCCAGGCCGGUGUGUCGGUAACGGAGGGCUCGUGAACAUGAUGACGGCGUGUUUUCAGCGGAUUUCCGCUCCGUUGCUCCGCAACGCCGCGAACGUGCGCCGCGCGGCUCUGUGCGGGUUCGAGCCCGCGUCAUGGCGGCUCACGCACACACCUGUCCUGGAGCGCACGAGACACACACAGCCUCAGGUGAGCGGCUCGUGCCUGCUGAGGCUCCAGUGGACGGACGGGCGGGUCUCGUGCUGGACCGGGAUCCUCCAGCGGGUCGAACCGGCUCCGUACCGAGGAAGAGGUCAUGAGGGGUCGGCGGCGGCGGCCAGCUUCCGGUGCUUGUUGACCCCCGGUGCGCGAGGACUGUGUAGCAGCAGCAGGAAGAGCGAGGAGACACCGGAGAGCGUCCCGGUGGAGCAGCGGGGAGAGACCGGACCGGUACCGGGACAAGGACUGUUCAAGUUCAAAGAGCUGUAUGAGAACCCCUGGACGAUCCCCAACCUGCUGUGUUUGAGUCGGAUCCUGUUGGCUCCAUUUCUGGGUCAUUUGAUCGUCCAGCAGCACUUUCACCUCAGUCUGGCUCUGUUCACUCUGGCUGGAGCCACUGACCUGUUGGACGGUUACAUUGCCAGAACGUGGCCCACUCAGAAGUCGGCGUUGGGCAGCGCUCUGGACCCGUUAGCUGACAAAAUCCUCAUCAGUAUUUUAUAUGUCAGUCUCACCUAUGCUGAGCUCAUACCAGCUCUACUGACAGCUCUGGUGAUCUUCAGAGACAUCGGUUUGAUCGCUGCCGUCUUCUGGGUCAGAUAUAAGACUGUUCCUCCACCGGUGACCCUCAGUAAGUUUUUUAACCCCUGCUACACCACGGCUCAGCUCAAGCCCACACUCUUCAGCAAGGUGAACACAGCCAUCCAGCUCUGCCUGGUUGCAGCUUCUCUGGCUGCUCCGGUCUUCCAGUACACAGACAGCAUCCUCCUGCAGUGUUUAUGGUACGUUACCGCGGUAACCACAGCAGCCUCCGGGUACAGCUACUGGCACUACGGCCGGAAGACGGUCCAGGUGCUGAACACCAGAACGCCGUGAUCAGCGGCGGCAGAACGAAGCAGCAAACAGAGACACUGACGGGCCGCCGGGAGCUCUGGAACCAAGUAGCCUGACAGCCGUUUAGGAGUCGCCAUGGCGAUGACACUCGGAGGCCGCAGAUGGUUUAACGAAACACUACGGCGGCAGAUCUGCCACCGGGCAGGUCGGUCCGCCCACGCUCACCCUCAGACUGUCCACAGAGCUUCUAUUUUCUCAGCGUUCACCUAAUCAUCGAUUGUCAGUUUUGUAAACCAAUGAUUUCUGAUUAAAAACAGAAAAUCUG